GCAGAAGGACGGGAAGGGUGGGGCCGCGGGUCCGGCCCGCAGCGCCCGGGCUGUGCGGCGGCAGUGCGGCUGCCGUCCCGCACUGCGGAGCGCACGGAAGCAGCCGGCGGCCCCGGCAGCAGCGGCGGGCGGAGCCGGGGCGGGUCUCGGGGCGGGAGGGGGGCGGCCUCCCGGCAGGGGGCGGACCCGCACCGCACGGCCGACGCCCCUGGACCACCCCGAGCCGCCGCGGCGCCAAGCCGGUGCCAGAGCGACCCGCGGCGCCCCAGCCCGCUUCCAGCCCGACCCCGGCGUGGCGCCUCCAGCUCUGCAGAGGACGCGACGGCCCCAAGGAUGCUGGCCCUUUAAGCCUGGCUCCCCACCCCAGCAUCCUUCAUCACCGCUUCCGACAGCUGGCAGCCGCGGGGAGCCCCGGGGGGGCCGGCAGGAGGAGUCAGCGGCGGCAGCAGGACGGGACGGGCACCCCCGCAGCGGUUAAUCAUUAACGCCCUCCCCAGCUCCCUGGGUGCCCCCGGUGCUCGGAACUUCCGCAGCCUCCGUCCCCGCUUCCCAGGUAACCGCCCCCCCUUCCAUCCUCGCCACCUGUCGCCCCCUCCUCGACCUGGCGCCUCCUGCAGGGGCACCAUGCCCGGCCUGUACUGCCCCUCCAGCUGGACGCCGCUGCCGCUCACCGACUCGUGGGUCCGGGCCCGCGCCAACGGCCCCUGCCUCAGCCUGCGUGCGCGGCUCACCUACCGCAACCCGCAGCCGCAGCCGGUGGACGGGGUCUUCGUGUACCCGCUGGCUGAAGCCGAAGUGGUGUCUGGCUUCGAGGCAGAGGCUGCGGGACGGCGCGUGUCCUUCCAGCUGCAGAGCCGGCGCCGAUGGCAGGCCGCCUGCUGCCGCGCCCUGGGCCCCAGCACGGGGGCCCCCACGCCCCGCCGCUGCGCGCAGGGUCACCUUGUCCUGGAUCUGGUGCAGGCCCAGUCAGCACUCGUGCUGCCCACGGGCCUCAUCGGCGCGGCCGGCACCAUGACAGUGACCCUGCAGAGCAGCCGGGAGCUUCCCUCCAGACCUGACGGGGUACUGCACGUGGCUCUGCCUUCUGUGCUCACCCCGCUGGUCCCGCCAGGCGCGCCGGGGCCCCCCAGGCCCCCGGGGCUCUGUGACGACAGGUUGGGCCUAUGCCCGACCAGCUGCUUCGGGGUGGGGACCCCCCAGGAGGAAGGACCAGCAUGGGAGGAGCAGGCUGCCCCUCCGGACGUGUUCUCAGGCCCUGCCCGCUGCCCUGCCCCCUACACCUUCUCCUUCGAGAUGCUGGUGACUGGGCCAUGCCUGCUGGCAGGCCUGGAGAGCCCCUCACACGCCCUGCGUGCUGACGCGCCCCCUCACGCCAGCUCAGCAGCCACCAUCUGUGUCACACUGGCAGAGGGUCACCGCUGUGACCGGGCUGUGGAGAUCCUGCUGUACCCCAGUGAGCCCCACCAGCCCCACCUGAUGCUGGAGGCUGGCAGCCUGAGCGCGGCAGAGUACGAGACCUGGGUCAGGGCCCGCCGGGACUUCCAGAGGCUCCAGAGAAGGGACAGCGAUGGCGAGCGGCAGGUGUGGUUCCUGCAGCGCCGUUUCCACAAGGACAUCCUGCGGAACCCCGUGCUGCUGCUGAGCUUCUGUCCCGACCUGAGUGCCCGGCCCGGCCACCUGGGCACGGCCACCCGGGAGCUCCUCUUCCUGGUGGACAGCAGCGCUGUGGCACACAAGGAUGCCAUCGUUCUGGCUGUGAAGUCCCUCCCGCCCCAGACCCUUGUCAACCUGGCAUUGUGUGGCCCGUCCGUGCAGCCGGUCUUCCCGGAGAGCAGGCCCUGCGAUGACGACACCGUGCGGCUCCUCUGUGAGCACGUGGACAUGCUGCAGGCGGCCGGCGGCCCCCCGGACAUGCUGGCAGCCCUGGACUGGGCCCUGGGACAGCCUCAGCACAGGGCACACCCGCGGCAACUGUUCCUGCUGGCCGCCGCCUCGCCCACUGCCACGGUCACCCAGCGAGUCCUCGGGCUCAUGAGGUGGCACCGGGGGGCCGCCAGGUGCUUCGCCUUCGGGCUGGGGUCGUGCUGCCGCCAGCUGCUGCGGGGUCUGGCCACCCUCAGCCGGGGCCAGGCCUACUUCCCGAGGCCCGGGGACAGGCUGCAGCCCCUGCUGGUGCAGGCCCUGCGCAAGGCCCUGGAGCCGGCCCUCAGCGACGUCUCUGUGGACUGGUUUGUGCCCGACGCCGUGGAGGCCCUGCUGACGCCCCGGGAGAUUCCCACACUCUACCCCGGGGACCAGCUGCUCGGCUACUGCUCUCUCGUCAGGGUGGAUGGCUUCCGGCCCCACCCCCCGGGGGCCCCGGAGCCUGGCUGGCAGAGCCUGGGGGGCUCCGUGUUCCCAUCCCCGGAGGAGGCACCAUCUGCCACCAGCCCUGGCACGGAGCCCACUGGCACCUCGGAGGCCCUGGGCACGGGCACUGUGUCGGCAGAGCUGUCCAGCCCGUGGGCCGCCGGGGACUCGGAGCAGACAGGCGCUGAGGCCCUGACGGACCCUGUCUCGGACCCUGGGCCCAACCCCUCCUCGGACACGGCCAUCUGGCGCCGCAUCUUCCAGUCCUCCUACAUCCGGGAGCAGUACGUGCUCACCCACUGCUCGGCCAGCCCCGAGCCGGGCCCCGGCUCCACUGGCAGCAGUGAGUCCCCCGGCUCCCAGGGGCCCGGCUCCCCGGAGGGCCCUGCUCCCCCAGACCCACCGUCGCAGCAGGGCUGCCGCAGCCUGGCCUGGGGAGAUCCCGUGGGCUCCCGCUCCUGCCCGCUGCCACCGCCCCCUUCGGCCCCGGUCAAGGCUGGCGCCCUGAGUGCCGAGGUGCUGGGCCGGCGACGCAGAGCUGCUCUGGCGGGCCGAAGCCUCUCAUCCCCGCCAGGCCGGCCAAACCCUGCCCCGGGCCGGCCCCGCCAGCCUUCUCUGGGGGCCGCCCCAGACGGGCCGGGCCCGGAGCCAGCACAGCAGCUGGGCCAGGGCCUGGAUGACUCAGGGAAUCUGCUCUCCCCGGCCCCCAUGGACUGGGACAUGCUGGUGGACCCGCCUUUCUCUUUCUCGGCCCUACCCCUCAGUGGGGAGCCGGCCCCUCCAGCUGUGCCCUCGCCCCCCCAGGCCCCGCGAUGCCAUGUGGUGAUCCGGGCCCUGUGCGGGGAGCAGCCCAUGUGCUGGGAGGUGGGGGUUGGGCUGGAGAGCCUCUGGGGGCCUCCUAAGGGGGGCUCCCUGCCCCCAGCAGCCCCUGAAAGAGAAGGUGCUUGGGACCCAGCGCUCCACCGGCUGACAGCGGCCUCUGUGGUCCGGGACAACGAGCAGCUGGCGCUCCGCGGAGGGGCAGAGGCUGUGGCCGACAGCGGCCCUGCGCGGAGGUCCUGGCUGCGAGCCGUCCAGACCAGCAAGGCCAGCUCCGCCCCCUCUUGCUUCACCUGCCCCGUGGCCGUGGACGCCACCACCAGGGAGGCGCUGUCCUCGGGCCUGCAGGUGCGCAGUGCAGAGCCCACGGAGCCCCCGGGCAGCCCUCUGGCCUCUCAGGGCUCUCUGCCCGCGGUUGUCCACUCCCAAGGUGGCCCGGACCCGAAGCAAAAUGGCAACCCCAAGACUGAGCGGGGGGCCCCAGCGGACGCCCCUGCGGCUCCCCAGCCUCCCUCGCGGCCGCUCCUGGGCCUGCGGAGGGCGCGCGGCGCGCCGGGCCCAGGAUGCGGCGAGCACGACUACCUGGCGCUGGUGAGGACUCGGGAGGUGGAGGGUGGCGCGGCCCGCCGGCCCGGCCGUCUCAGCGGCUUCUCCCCCCACCUCCUCUCUCCUCAGGUGCGGCUGCAGGACGCGCCCGGCUCCUUCCGCCUGGACGCGCCCUUCUGCGCCGCCGUGGCCAUCCCGCGCGAGCGCCUGUGCCGGGCCUCGCCCUUCGCCGCGCACCGCGCCAGCCUCAGCCCCGCGUCGGCCGCGUCCCCCUGGGCCCUGCUGGGCCCCGGCGUGGGCCAGGGCGACAGCGCCACGGCCUCGUGCAGCCCGUCGGCCAGCUCGGGCUCCGAGGGGCCGGGCCAGGUGGACAGCGGGCGCGGCUCCGACACGGAGGCCUCGGAGGGGGCGGAAGGGCCAGUGGGCGGCGACCUGCGGGGCCGCAGCUGGGCCACCGCCGUGGCCCUGGCCUGGCUGGAGCACCGCUGCGCCGCUGCCUUUGGCGAGUGGGAGCUGGCGGCCGCCAAGGCCGACGGCUGGCUGCGGGCCCAGCGCCUGCCCGACGGCCUGGACCUGGCAGCCCUGAAGGCCGCCGCCAGGGGUCUGUUCCUGCUGCUGCGCCACUGGGACCAGAACCUGCAGCUGCACCUGCUGUGCUACAGCCCGGCCAACGUGUGAG